CAUCACCAUCAACACAUUUGGACCUCGGAGGUGUUCAGUAAUUUCGGCGUUCUGGCGUUUUUCGUUCGUUGUGCAGUGCAGUUAUAUAUGUGUUUUAUGGUGCAGUUGGUGCAGUAACAAAGUGUUAAUAGAGUUCUGCCCCGUGGCUUUAGCGGUCCAAGUACGCUGCGGCUUAUGUGUUCGUCGUCGACGUUUCUCUUCGCACAGCAUUGAAGUUGCCUGUUUCUCGUGCACACGUGUGUGUGUUGUGGACUCCCGCUAGCUUCGCACCAGACUCGAGUUCCACAGAGACCGACCGAGACAAGAGAAAAUGGGCGACCGUUACAACAUACACAGCCAGCUGGAGCAUCUGCAGUCGAAGUACAUCGGCACGGGCCACGCGGACACUGCCCGCUACGAGUGGCUCGUGAACCAACACCGAGACAGCUACGCCUCGUACCUGGGCCACUUCGACAUGCUCAACUACUUCUCGGUCGUCGAGAACGAGACCAAGGCGCGCGUGCGAUUCAACAUCAUGGAGAAGAUGCUGCAGCCGUGCGGACCGCCUCCCGAGAAGGCCGAGGACUGAGCUCAGCCGCUGACUGCAAGCUCGAUCUGUAAAUAUGCAUCCUGUCACGUCCACAUCAACGCUUCGCCGCAUUGUUAAAAUAAACGAUGAGCCUUUCGCACA